AUGUACACCCGUCGCCUCGUACCCCGCCUCGCGGCAUCCACCUCCUCCUCCACCACCACCCCCUCCCUCCGCACCUUCACCACCACCUCUCCAUGGCUCAAAGCCCCCGCCCUCUCCGACAUCAAACCCAACGACGCCCAAACCUUCGCCGCCAAACAAAAAGCCUUCCGCGACAACCUCGCCGAGCACCACCGCGCCAAGAAAGAAAAAGACAGUCAGUCUGCGUCCAUUAAUGCUGCAUCAGAAGCCGCUAAGUCGUCAUCUUCCUCCUCCUCCUCCUCUUCUUCCUACAUGUCCUCUGCUGCCUCCAUCGUCGACAACAACACCCCCGUCGCUGCCAAAGAUACCCCCGACGUCGUCACGCAGGGUCUAGGCUCACUGAAUUCUUCCGCAGAAGCCGAAGCCGCGCGCGGAUUGGAGUCCUCCUCUGCUGAUGGGAAGAAGAAGGGGACGGGAUUGUUUAGCAGUCUGAUUCAUGGGACUGAGGAGGGGAGAGAGAUGGAUCGUGAGAUUGAGAGGAGCUUCUCCCAGGUUCUGGCGAGAGGCAAGUAUGUGCAUAGUAUUGUGCUGCAUGAGGUGAAGCCGGAUAAGGUGGACGAGUAUGUGGAGUUGGUCGGGGGGUGGUAUCCGAAGGUGGCGGAUGCGGCGGAGAACAAGGUGCAUCUGGUGGGCAGCUGGAGGACGGAGGUGGGAGAUUGCGACACAUUCGUCCACAUCUGGGAAUACCAGCGCUAUGAAGGCUACCACGCUUCCCUCAACACGAUCCAACACCACCCCGACUUCGCCGGCUUCGACAAGAAACUCAAGACGCUCAUCACCAAGAAGGAAGUCUCUCUGAUGCAAGAGUUCCGCUUCUGGCCGACUUCUCCGCCGCGUCAGCUCGGUGGUGUCUUCGAGUUACGGUCAUACACACUGCACCCGGGUAAUCUGCUCGAGUGGGAGACCCAUUGGCAGAAGGGAUUGGCCGCGAGGAGGGAGGUUAUGGAGGGCGUUGGAGCUUGGUUCGUUCAAAUCGGUUCUCUCAAUGAGGUCCACCAUCUGUGGCAAUUCGCGGAUCUGGAGCAGCGUCGCGCGAACAGAGAGCAGAGCUGGAGUGUGCCCGGUUGGGGCGAGACGGUCCACAAGACAGUCCCGCUUAUCCAGUCCAUGAAGAGCCGCAUCAUGAUGCCUCUGCCGUGGAGCCCGAUCGGUUGA